CGGCCCACGGGGGGCGGAGUCCGGGGCCUGCCCGGCCUGAAGGGGCCUCGGGGGCCAGGAGCCUGGUCUGAGGGGCAGCAUUAGCCGAACAGAGGGUGGAGUCCAAGAUCUUGCCAGAAGCCUGGGGGCUCCAGGACCCUGGAGGUGAAGGCCGUGGUCUGAGGCACGCAGCUCAGGUGACAGCAGGUGAAGCCCAGACACCACCGGCGUCAAGGCCCGUGGGACCCGUCGGUCCGCACGCCUGCCGGCUGCUCUGAGGCCACACGCGUCGUCAUGCCUCGACCUUCGAAGCGACGGCGCUACCUGCUUGAGGAAGAGCAGUCCCAGAGCCAGGCCCAAGGCCUGGGGGGUGUGCAGGCUCCCGAGGCCGAGGAGGAGGAAGCGUCCUCCUCCUCCACCUGCUCCUCCUCGUUCCCGUCCUCCUCCUCUUCCUCGUGCUACCCUCUCUUCUCUAGCACCCCGGAGGAGAUGAGUGCUCCUGGGACACCCAGUCCGUCCCAGAGCCCUCGUGGCGCCUGCCCCGCCACUGCCGCCGCGGCCUCUGCUCUGGAGAGCCCAGCCCAGGAGGUGAGCGCCGCCAGCCAAGGGGAGGAGGGUCCCAGCACCUCGGCGCAGGCCAUGCAGGCCGCUGCGGCCACUUCCAAGGAUGCGGUUGAUGAUGAGAAGGUGGCUGACCUGGUGCAGUUCCUGCUCCUCAAGUUUCGCACCCAGGAGCCGACCAGCCAGGCCGAGAUGCUGAGGGAAAUCCUCGGCGGCGACGAGGAGCACUUCCCUGACAUCUUCAGCCACGCCUGCGAGUGCAUGCAGCUGGUCUUCGGCCUUGACGUAAAGGAAGUGGACCCCCAAGACCACUCCUACGUCCUGGUCAACACCCUCGGCCUCAGCUAUGACACGAUGCUGUGUGUUGGGCAGAACGUGCCCAAGACGGGCAUCCUGGUUCUUAUUUUGAGCAUAAUCUUCAUCGAGGGCAACAGUGCCCCUGAGGAGGAGAUCUGGGGAGCCCUGGAGGUAAUGGGGGUGUUUGCCGGGGUGGAGCACUUCAUCUUUGGGGAACCCAGGGAGCUUCUCACCGAAGUGUGGGUGCAGGAGCGGUACCUGGAGUACCGGCAGGUGCCCGGCAGUGAUCCCGCCCGCUACGAGUUCCUGUGGGGCCCCAGGGCUCACACGGAGACCACCAAGAUGAAAGUCUUGGAGUUUUUAGCUAGAGUCAAUGGGAGUGACCCCAGAUCCUUCCCACUGUGGUAUGAGGAGGCUUUGAGAGAUCAGGAAGUGCGAGAUCAGACCAGCAUCGCCAGCCCCCCAGAUGACCCCGCUGGCAUGGCCGGUGCGAGUUCCAGUGCCGGCGCCAGUCCCUGUGCUGGGGCCAGUUCCAGUGCCAGCGCCCGUGCCCGUUCCAGUGCCAGGGCCAGUUCCAGUGCCGGGGCCAGCGGCUUCUCCUGGCCCCAGUGAGUGGGGAGCAGGUCCUCCACGGUGUGGCCCAACUCGACACAGAGGGUCAGCGAGGCUGAGUGAGCCGCGGGGAAGCGUCUUGGGGUUCCUGUUCCAUAGGGGUGACUGAGAAAUUUAUCUUGAGGUUAUUUUGUUUUGUAUUUUAAAAUGUUGUUACUUUUGCUAGAAAGCUGACUGGCUUCCGAACCUGCGUUUAUGAGUGACAUUGGUCACGCGUUUGUUGCUGCUAAUACAGUUUGACUUCGGGAAACCUUCCAUUUUAUCUGUAGUCUGUGACAAAAUAACAAGGCCUUGGAUAGUCAUUUCCUGGAGAUGUGGACGAUUUAGCUGUCAUGGAUGGGGUCUAGAAAUAGAGGAAUAAAACAGAAGAGAGUUAGUUCUU